AUGACUGGCCUGAAGAUAAUUCAGGUCAACCUAAAUAAACAAAUGAUCGCCUCCGAACAACUGAGGGACAUUUGUUUAAAAGACAAAGUAGACAUUUUACUUGUCCAAGACCCACUAAUUAUCAAUGGACAUGCAUCAGGCUUUGAGGGCUGUCGUCAGAUUCUGUCUGACGAUAAUCCUGAAGCUGCCAUAAUCAUAACAAAUAAUAAAGUAAAAGCCAUUAAACUAGGACAAUUUACUACUCGCCACGUUGCAGUCGCCAGAAUUGGCAUUGGCCUCUGUAAGGAUGACGUGGUAAUAGUGUCAGCCUAUUUCAGGUAUAAUAAGCCCACGACUAUGUUCACUGAACUACUAACUAACAUCAGUCUAGCAAACAAACGCCUGCUAAUCGGUGCCGWCUGCAACGGCCAUUCAACUAGAUGGCACAAUGACGUUACUAAUACAAGGGGAAAGAUAGUAGAGGAACUGAUUGAUGAUCAGGAACUCCAUAUUCUAAACACCCCCCAAGACCUAAAAACCUACAAAAGGCAUGGAAUGGGAGAGUCCAACAUUGACAUUACACUAGCGAGCACCUCGAUCUAUAGAUCAGUAGGAGGCUGGUCCGUGACUGACCGGACGGAUAGUGACCAUAGAACAUUGGAAUACACCUUAAACCUAAAAAGACUAAAUAGGAAAAUUGAAAAGCCUGGUACAAGGUUCAACACAGAAAAAGCGGACUGGGAAAAGUUUAGACUCACACUCCUGGGUCUAAAGACACAGAUCCAUG